CAUCGCCAAAUAUGAAUGAUUUUUAAAAUAUUUCCUUGCCGGUUGUGUUAUUUUUUUAAAAAAUUUCUAAGUUAGUUUAGAGCCACAAGUCAGUAUUGUUCAAGUUUUAAGUAACUUAGCAGUUUCAACAAAUCAAAUCAAUAUGGCAACUAAAUGGGGAAUCCUCAGUGCUGGUAAAAUCUCUCAUGAUUUCACUGUUUGUCUUCGAAGUUUAGAUCCUGCUGAACAUCAGGCUGUCGCUGUAGCUGCCCGGAAUAUCGGUGAUGCCUUGAAAUUUGCUGCUAAUCAUAAAAUUCCUCGAGCUUAUGGUUCUUAUCAAGAGCUUGCAAAUGAUCCAAAUGUUGAAGUUGUGUACAUUGGGACUCUUGUGAGUUUUCAUUAUAGCACUACUAAAAUGAUGUUGGAAGCUGGUAAACAUGUUUUAGUGGAAAAAUCGUUUACUGCGACCAGCCAAGAAGCACGAGAGUUAAUCGAUCUGGCUCGAUCGAAAAAAUUGUUCUUAAUGGAGGCAAUUUGGUCACGUUUCAAUCCAGUUUUUACUCUCCUAAUGGAUAAAAUCAAAACUAAAGCUCUCGGUGAUGUUGUUUCUGUCAAUGCAACUUUCGGUUUAGAUUUGACUAAAGUCGAGCGAUUGAUUAAGAAAGCUGCUGGAGGUGGAACUCUUCUUGAUUUAGGAGUUUAUACAAUAAACGUAAUCCAAGUAGCAGUUGGUAAUAAAAAACCGGAGCAAAUUUUGGCAACUGGACAUCUUAAUGAAGAUGGUGUUGAUGAAUCAGUCGCUGUCGCUUUUAAAUAUUCUGAUGGUCAAGUUGCAAUGAUGUCAAACACUUUGCGAGGACAAAUGCCUAACGAAGCUCAUAUUGUUUUUACCAAAGGCGCUAUCAAAAUUCCUGUUCCUUUCUGGUGCCCAACUAAAGUUAUUGUGUUAACAGGAGAAAAUCUUUCUAAAGAAGAAGUUCUUGAGUUUGAACCUCCUAAAGUCAUUGCUGAAUGUAACUUUGUUAAUAGUGGAUUUUUGAGUUACGAAGCUUCACAUGUACGAGAUUGUUUAGUCAAAGGUUUGACUGAAAGCCCAAUUCUGCCGCUUGAUGAUACAUUAACAAUCCGGGAAAUUACUGAUGAAAUAUUCAGACAGGUUGGAGUUCAUUUUUAAGAGUAAAAUAUAAUUCACAAGAAUAGUUUAGAUACUAUUCUAGAUGAUAAACAGAUAGCUACAAAAGCAACAAUGUACUGAUUCUCCGUGGGGUUCCGAACUUAUCUUAUGCUGAUUGCGGAAUGCUUUGCUCAUCAAAGCUGUUCGUUGAUUAGUAUCACUCAUCUGAAUCGAUAUUUUUGCUUUUAUUCUUGUUAUAAAUUAUGUUAAAUUUUUCUGAUAAUUGUUCUUAGAAAAUGUUGUUUAAAAAAUCUUAAAUUUUCCACUUGAAUAUGCCUCUAAAGGCUUAAACUAGAUCAAAUAAAAGAUCAGACGUAAUAUUGAA